AUGGAGUCCAAAAGAAACAAAGUUCGCCAAAGGAUUCAUCUUUACCAUAUCCCUAAUAAAUAUAUGCGUUCUGUAACUUUUUCAAAAGGUAAAUUUGGAAUUUUAAAGAGAUCAAGUGAGCUUUCUACUUUAUGCGGAUCGAACAUUGCAAUAAUCUUGUUUAGUGAAAGUGGAAGAGCGUAUUCUUUUGGUAAUCCUAAUACAAAUGCAGUAUUUGAUCGACUUAUGGGUGUCGUUCCCAAAAGAGUGUUUGAUGCAACAUUCCAUGAACUCGUCAAGCCUGAAAAGGUUCCACAUGUUCAAUAUAUUCAAACUCAAAUAAUGGAGGCUGAGAAGACACUCGCUCAAGAGCAGGGCCGACCCUGA